CCGCUCCGCCCGCUGAGCCCGAGGGCGGCGGCCGCGCCGAGGCGCCCGGCUGAGGAUAUGGACUUGGAGGACGUGGCCAUCGCCUUCUCCCAGGAGGAGUGGGGGCUCCUUGAUGCGGCUCAGAGACUGCUGUACUGCGAGGUGAUGCUGGAGAUCUUUGCGCUGGUAGCCUCCGUAGGUUGCUGGCAUAAGACGGAAGAUGACGAGACCCCUUGUGAGCAGAGCGUGCCUGUAGAAGGAGAGUCACCGGUCAGGGCGUCUGAGACGCCGGCCGCCCAGAGGACCCACCCCUGUGAGCGGUGUGUCCCGCCCUUGAAAGCUGUUCUGCACCUGACUGAGUGCCAAGCCGCAGACCUUGAGCAGAGAGCCUUCUCCGGUGACGCAUGUGUGAGAGAACUCUGUUUCCCCUCAAACCCUCACCAGCAGCAGAGGGAAGCCAGUGCUGAGAAGCCCUGGGAAGGAGCUGUGGACGGGGCCUCGCCUGGGACCAGGUGCAGCUUCUGCGUCUCAGGGGCACCUUCCGCCUGUGGGAAGGUUGGGGAGGGCUUCCCAGCCACCUCAGGCCUUCAGCACCAGGCCCCUGGUGAUCCCGAGGAGCCGCACGAUGGCGGUGAGAGCGGGCAGGCCUUUCCCAGCGGAGAAAAUCGUCUCCGUUCAGGAGGAUGUGAAAAAGCUGCCAGCCCAAACCAGAACCUUGUUCCACGGCAAAGUGUCUGUUCUGGAAAAGGGCUUUCUGAGUGCAGCAAGUGUCGAAAAGCCUUUAGACACAUCUUUAACCUUAUCCAACACAGAGGCGUUCACACCGAAGAAAAGGCUCUUGAGUGUAGGGGUUAUGAGAAGCCCUUCAGCGGAAACUCUGACCUCACCGAACACCAGAGCGGUCACACUGAAGAAGAACCGUGUGAGUGCAGUGUUCGUGGGAAAUGCCUUAGACAGCGCACGAACCUUAGUCAACACCAAAGACUUCAUUCUGGAAAAAGCACUUUUGAGUGUGGCGAAUGUGGGAAAUCUUUUCGCUUCAAAUGCUACCUCCGCAUCCACCAGAGAGUUCACACUGGAGAAAAGCCUUACGAGUGUAGUGAUUGUGGGAAGUCAUUUAGCCAAAGCUCUGCCCUUUUUACACACCAGAAAAUCCACACUGGUGAAAAGCCAUAUGAGUGUAGGGAUUGUGGGAGAUGCUUUACCUACAAAUGUAUCCUCAUUAACCACCAGAGAGUUCACACUGGAGAAAAGCCUUACGAGUGCAGUGACUGUGGGAAGUCCUUCCACCAACACUCUGCCCUCACUCAACACCAGAGAGUUCACACUGGAGAAAAGCCGUAUGAGUGCAGUGAUUGUGGGAAAUGUUUUAGUAUCAAACGUGUCCUCAUUAAUCACCAGAGAAUUCACACCGGAGAAAAGCCGUAUGAGUGUAGUACAUGUAGAAAAUCGUUCCGGCAACACUCCCACCUUAUUCAGCACCUUCGCGUUCAUUCUGAAGAAAAGCCUUAUGAGUGUGGCAAACGUGGGAAACCUUUCAGCAAUACCUCCAGCUUCCUUCCACACCUGUGUGUGCACUCAACAGAAAGGCCUUAUCAGUGUCGUGAAUGUGGGAAAUCUUUUAGCUACAAGUGUCGCCUCAUUAGACACCCGAGAGUUCACACUAGAGAAAAGCCUUGAGUGUAGAUACUGUGAGAAGUCCAUCCGAAGCACUAGGCUCAUUGAACACCGGAGAGUACACACUCACAACAGCCACACGCGUGCAGUGUUUGUGGGAAAGGUUUUAGGUGGAGAUCCAGCCUCCCUGUUCACCAGAGAAUUCAUCCUGGAGAAAGGCCCCAUGAAGGUGGUGAACGUAAGAAAUUAUUUAGACAACACCCCUGCCUUGUUUGACACCACUAAGUUCAUUUGGCAAAAAACUCUAUGAGUGUGGCAGAUGUGGAAAAUGUUUUAGCGAGAGGUCUGGCUUCCCUCAACACCAGGGAGUUCACACGGGAGAAGAGACCUUAUGAGUGUAGUGUGUGUGGGAGAUAUUUCUGCUGCAAAUCCCACCUCUUUAAACACCAGAGAGUUCGGAGUGGAGAACGUCCUUCAAUGUGCAGAGGAUGGUUUAUUUCCUCACUCAGUGUAGCAGCACUGGAGGAGACUCUUUGAGAACUCUUCAUCUGAAUUUAAACAUUUUUUAGUGGAACAUACACUGUGCUAGAUCUCUCAACAGUUUCAGGUACAAGUGCAUCUUUUUUUAAAAAAAUAUAUUUUUAUUCAUUUCAGAGAGGGAGAGAGAGAGAGAAACGUCAAUGAUGAGAGAAUCAUUGAUCGGCUGCCUCCUGCACCCCCC